AUGUCGACUUCCACCUCCGCAAGUCUUCGGGAAAUCGCGCAAAAGAUCCUCGAGGAUGCGCUACAAAAUAUCACCCACGAGAUCCUCAUCCACCAACAUCGCGCUCACAAAAUGCUGCUCGCCUCUCUCGACCCGACGACUCGUCUCCCCCACUGUUCAACUUGCAAACUCCCCAGACUACUAGAUCCGCCCCUCGCACCUGGCGUCCGUGGCGCCACAGCGGAACCCCCAGCGACGACGAAUUACUGCGACAGGAAACCCUGGGCCCGGCGACCCGGACACGACAUCUACGGCAACCCAUUCCUCAAAUCCGACGUCACGGGUCGUCCCUUGACGAAGAAAGAACGAGAGGCGCAAUCUAAAGCAGCUGCGAAUGGAACACCUGCAAGUGAAGAAGGGACUGGACCGCCUUCCCCCGACGCCGAUGGGGGCAUUGGAAGUGUCGCAAAGGGGGAGAAGAAAGCCAGUAAGAUUGACGAGAAGCUGAGGAAGGGAGAGUAUGUUCCCUGGCAUACUUGUCCGAGUUGUAAGAGGAGUUUGUUGAUUACGAGGUUUGCGAAGCAUUUGGAACAGUGUAUGGGAUUGAGUGGGAGGAAAGCUGGGAGGGAGGCGGCCGCUAAAAUCGGGGGAAGUCAGCAGGGGAGUCGGGGUGCGACGCCGAAUUUGGAGGUUGAGGAGGAUGGGGAGGAGGGAGAGGGCAAGGGUGGGGGUGUUCGGAAGAAGUUGUUGAAGAAGGGGCUGAAGGAGAAGGUUAAGAAGGGAGGAGGAGUGUUGAAGAGUUUGGGGGUCAAGGGUGCUGUGGGGGGAAGUUCGCCGGUUAGAGGGGCGGAUGGGAAGAGGGAGCGGGAGGACGGGGAGGAGGGAGAGGAGGAAGAGGCGGGGCAUUUUAAGAAGAGGCAGAAGUUGCAGAGGGUGGGGAGUACGACUAGUAUUGUCUCGCAGAGUACCGCUGCGCCGGAGAUGGAGAGGAGUGAGAGUCAGGAUGGAAGUUUGCUUGACGCUAGUUUUGCUGAGGAUUGA